UGGUACGUCCCUCAGCUGGAGCGCCAGAGAGAUUCAGAUCGAGCGGAGAACAGGAGGAUUUAAAUACCUCUAAGCGGGCGACCUGCUCAGCCCUUCGGGUGUGGGAGGGUGACUGUUUUGUGUCUUUGCUAGACCGGGGGAGCAGGGGGGUGGAGGAGGAGGAACGGAUAAUGAGCUAUUCUUGUACCAGCACAGGCAACAGCCAGGACCCAUCGAGCUCUAAGAAGUCCGGCGGCGUUAAUCCCGGUAGUUGCAGCAGCGGAGACACCGGCAACGGCAAUAACCGCCACAGCAUCCGCGGCAGCAAAGCGAACUCGAACCCUGAUUUAUCCGAGGCCAUGAAAGUCAAGAAGGGCUGCAACACGACAGACGUCGGGGUCCCCGUCACCACAGAAGAGGAACUGCUUGCGAACAAAACGAUCACCCCGGAGGAUGUGCUGGGAUUGCAGAAGAUCACUGAACACUAUCUGUGUGGUCCAGAAGACAAUGUAUACAAUAUUGACUUCACACGGUUCAAGAUCAGGGAUAUGGAGACAGGAACAGUACUGUUUGAGAUCACCAAACCACCAGCCACAGAUAAAGGAGGGGAUAAAAGAGAUGUUGAUCCAAAUGCUGGCCGGUUUGUACGUUAUCAGUUUACACCAGCUUUUUUACGGCUACGUCAAGUAGGAGCCACUGUUGAAUUCACAGUAGGAGACAUCCCCAUCAAUAACUUCCGGAUGAUCGAGAGGCACUAUUUCCGUGAACAGCUGCUGAAGAGCUUCGACUUUGAGUUUGGCUUCUGCAUCCCGAGCAGCAAGAACACCUGUGAGCACAUCUAUGAGUUCCCACCGCUCUCAGAGGAUCUCAUACGGGAGAUGAUCCUCCAUCCUUACGAGACGCAGUCUGACAGCUUCUACUUUGUGGACAACAAGCUGGUCAUGCAAAACAAAGCAGAUUAUUCGUACAGCGGAGGCCCUUAGGACAGAGGUGGGAGGGGACUGAGGCAGAGAGUUUGACUGACAGACCUAAGAACCAAUCACAUGUCUUUGUCCAGCAGCCACACCCUCCUUGAAUCAGUGUCAUAGACGAUGCGCCAUGCCUGUGUUUGAGAUCUAGAGAGUCGUAUCGUAAGGUCUCAUCCAAUGCAUACAUAUCCUAUUCUGAUUUCACACUGCCAUCGUUCACAUCAGCAAAUAUAGAUAUUAAAGUGUUUAUUUUGUAACAUACCCCAAUGAUGAGCAAAUUCCCUUCAGUCCCAUGUUUUGUAUGGGCAAGGCACUGUAAUGUGAAUGGUACUUAGGUUUUACUAUUCAUUGUGUGUGUGUGUGUGUGUGUGUGUGUGUGUGUGUGUGUGAGGGGGGUGUUUAACACCACUAAGACCAUUCUAUAUUGUUGAUGUUGAUGAGUAUUUCUUUCCCUGUCAGAAUAAGCUACAUCAUAUUUCUUGAUAUCUGGACUUUUCAUCCUAAAUAGAAUAUGAUAUGAUUUUAUGUUGAGACCUUGACAUAAUUGAUAGAUUUGUGUUGCAUUAGAUAUAUUUUGAUACGUGAACAAGCUUUCAGUUUUGAGAUGUCGAUUAUUUGUGUGGAUAAAAACAAAAAGCAAGCAAAAAAUGAAGUCAAAUCAGUUCAAAUAUUCAUGAAAAUGCAUAACUUUUGCAUUCAAAGGUCUGCGUCAAGUUUCUGAUUGUACGUAAUUCACGUUCCAAAUGAGAGGUUGUGUAGAUAAAACGAGAUUGUAAAAAAACGCCUACUGAAAAGGGAACACAGCGCACGUUAUAAGCCUUGACAUUUCAAACGUCUGGUUUGUGUGGUUUCUUUUUGUCUUCAGACAAAACAAAAGGAAAGAAAUAGCCGUU